AUGGGCUCCGCGCUCAACUCCCCCGUCUACAUCGACUAUGGGGAAUUCUUCAUGAAUAGCAGCAACGUCCUCGCUGUCCCCUAUCAGAAUGUCACCGCCGCCUUCACGACGCCUGUCGCCGUCAAUUCGACCGCCAUAGAUGGCUUCGACUGGACGCAGCCGUACCCGGGCUCCCGCCGCGACGGCCACACGGUGUACCUGGAGAUCGCCCAGGAAAUGCCCCUGUCGGCGUCUAUCGUGGAGAAUUCCACCACCGUCCUGUCGUCCUUGACGUUUGGCAUUCCAGACAGCAUGCGAUCGGGCGGCCAGCCCCUGGCCAUGGACCCCUCGUGGUACAUCUGCCGCCACGUCUUCAUCUCCACCAAGCCCGAGGCGAAGGCGGCCGUCGACGGGGGCCGCAAGUGCGAUUUCCUCUCCCAGGCAUGCCGGGCCGACCUCAAGACCAGCUUGACCCAGGAUUGGGGAACAGCCGCCGACGGCACCAUGUGCUCGGCGCUGGGCUUUGACCCCAUCCCACCGAGUUGUCAGGACGCGUUUGGCUUCGCCCGCCAGGACGUCAUGGCGUUCGACGCGGCCUUCCUCGCCGACGCUGCCCUGGCGCCGGUGCAGACGAGCCAAGAGCAGCAGCCGUAUAGCUGGCGCAUCGGCACUGGAUACCACGACCCGGGCGAUGCUCGCGCCUACGCCGCGGCCGCCAACCGGACGUACCUCGUCGCAACCGUCUGGGGCUUCAGCCCGAGUGCAAAGUCCACCCCGGUCCCCGAGGUGUCGUUUGGGUGCCUCUCGUCCGGCUCCAGCUACGUGCCGCCGCCGCCGUCACCCCCAUCGUCCAUCCCCAGCGACGCCGCGUUUGGCGAUGACUUUUCCAGCGGGUCCGCGGCCCAGUGGACGACUUACGGCGGGUCGUUUGACGCAUCCUCGGGGGCCUUCGUCGGACGCAAAUCCCUCGGGGGCCUUGCGCUGGUGAACAGCAACUUCAGCAACUUCCUCUUCGAGGCCGACGUCACGCUGCCCUCGACCUCGGGCAACGCGGGGCUUGUCUUCCGCGCAUCCAAUCCGAGCGUGGGCGCCGACGCCUACAAUGGCUACUACGCCGGGAUUUCGGCCUCGGGGGUGGUCCUCGGCCGGGCGAGCAACAACUGGACGCAGCUGGGGAGCGGGGCGGCCGACCUGGCCGCCAACACGGCCCAUCACGUCCAAGUGCAGGCCCUGGAUACGGCGCUCGCCGUGUUCGUCGAUGACAUGAGCACGGCCGCGGUCCGCGUCACGGAUGGCACGUACGCCCGCGGCAUGAACGGCGUGCGCGUGUACGGCACGGGCGCCGCCUUCGACAACAUUUGCAUCUCGCCGCUGGCGUUCAGCGAUGACUUCUCGAGCGGCACCAUGGGCAAGUGGACGGCCGUCGACGGCACAUACCACGUCUCGUCGUCCGGGGCCGCCGUGCUGUCUGCCUCGCCCAUCGCCAAGGCCCUGGCCAUGGGCGUCACCUCCCACGACGUGAUCUACGGGGGCGACGUCUCCAUCGACGCCACCGCCAACGGCAACGGUGGCUUCAUCUUCCGUGUGUCCAACGCCACGGCCGGGCCGGAUAGCUACAACGGGUACUAUGCUGGGAUCGGCGUCGGAUACGUCGUGCUCGGCUUCGCGGACCGCCAGUGGAAUGAGCUCAAGAGGGCUCCGGCGGCGGAUAUCACGGCCGGACAGACGUACCGCCUGCUGAUCCGCACGAGGGGAGACUCGAUCGCUGUCUACGUGGAUGACUUGAACACGCCGCGGAUGGUGGUGCAGGAUGGAAGGUAUAGUGCUGGGUUGAGUGGCCUUCGGGCUUACAUGACGACCAUGUCUGUGAGUAAUGUGAGGAUUUAUCACGGCUUGUGUUGA